AUGAAAUGGGCAACAUUGCUUAAAGACUUAAGAGACAAGGUAGGUUUUUCCCAGACCUCUUCUGCUGCCUCCUCCUCUUCUCCUUCUCCUGCCUCGUCUCCGUUCUUUGAUUACAACAAUGCGUCUUCAUCAAACCAAGAGUUCGCGUCAUCACCUUCCAGAGACCAAUAUGAAUUGGAGUUGGAUUUUAAAAGAUACUGGGAAGAGUUCCGAUCUUCAAAUUCUGAAAAGGAGAAGGAAAAGGCCCUGAAUCUGACAGUUGAUGUAUUCUGUAGAUUAGUGAAGCAGCAUACAAAUGUAGCUCAGCUUAUUACAAUGCUGGUAGAAACACACAUAUUUUCAUUUGUUGUGGGAAGAGCAUUUGUAACUGAUAUCGAAAAGUUGAAAAUUAGCAGCAAAACAAGAUCUUUGGAAGUUGGUAGAGUUUUAAACUUCUUUUCUGAAGCGAUACAGGACGACAUUUGUCCUGGUGCAAACUUGUUGCAAGCUGUGGAAGUCCUUGUAACUGGGCCUAUUGAUAAACAAUCACUUCUGGACUCUGGUAUCCUGUGCUGUCUUAUCCAUGUUCUGAAUGCUCUUCUUUCUCCUGCUGGUGGAAACCACAGACAAAAGGUUCUCAAUCAUCAGGAACCAUUGUUAGCAGAGACAUCUGGAGAUAAAGGAAAUGGUUCUGGUCGACGGCUUGAGGUGGAAGGGAGUGUUGUCCAUAUUAUGAAAGCUUUGGCCAGCCAUCCAUCAGCUGCACAAAGUUUGAUUGAGGACAAUUCACUUGAAUUACUUUUUCAAAUGGUUGCCAAUGGUUCCCUUGUUGUUUUCAUGCAAUACAAGGAAGGGCAAGUUUCAUUGCAUACCAUACAGCUUCACAGACAUGCUAUGCAGAUACUCAGUCUUCUCCUGGUUAAUGACAAUGGCAGCACUGCUAAAUACAUAAGGAAGCAUCAUCUGAUUAAAGUACUUCUGAUGGCUGUUAAGGAUUUUAGCCCUGAUUGUGGUGAUUCUGCCUACACGAUGGGCAUCGUGGAUUUGCUUCUUGAAUGUGUUGAAUUGUCAUAUAGACCAGAGGCUGGUGGUAUUAGGCUGAGAGAGGAUAUCCACAAUGCCCACGGUUAUCAAUAUCUGGUCCAGUUUGCAUUGAUUUUGUCGAAAGAUAUAGGUGGUAAACCAUCGAGUCCAAAUUCUAUUCCUGAUCAUGAGCCUGUUUCAGAUCAUCUUUACUCAGAUAAUUCUGUUGAGGGGAAGAAUUUUGGUCAAGAAGGAUCUGAAGUCUCUCCUAUACUCUCGAGGUUUCUUGAUGUUCUUGUUAGUCUAGCUCAGGCUGGUCAAGCAGAGGUAUCUGGAUCAUCUGGGUCAAAAAUUUCUAGAAUGUCUCACGGGAAACCUACUGGGCAUGGAAGGAGUCGUACCUCAUCAUCUGACAGAAUCAGCGAUGAACUUUGGGAAAAGGAUAAUGAUAAAAUUAAGGAUCUAGAAGCUGUUCAAAUGUUUCAGGAUAUUUUUCUCAAAGCAGAUAGUAGGAAAUUGCAGGAAGAAGUAUUGAAUAGGAUGUUUAAGAUAUUCUCGAGUCACAUUGAAAAUUACAAGUUGUGUCAGCAGUUGCGGACAGUGCCCCUCUUGAUCCUUAACAUGGCUGGGUUUCCUCCCUCUUUGCAUGAAAUUAUUUUGAAAAUUCUUGAAUAUGCUGUUACUGUUGUAAAUUGCAUUCCUGAUCAAGAGCUACUUUCUUUGUGCUGUUUACUCCAGCAGCCAAUAACAUCCGAAUUGAAGCACACGAUUCUAUCUUUCUUUGUAAAGCUUUUAUCCUUCGAUCAGCAAUACAAAAAAGUACUAAGGGAGGUUGGUGUGCUUGAGGUGCUGUUGGAUGAUCUUAAGCAGCACAAGUUACUGUUAGGACCAGAUCAGCAAAAAAGCGAUCUUAAUCAGUUGGAAAGAAAAUCUAGUUCAAGCAGUUUCAAGAAACAUCUGGACAACAAGGAUGCCAUUCUGUCGUCACCCAAACUGUUGGAAUCUGGUUCAGGAAAAUUGCCUCUUUUCGAAAUAGAGGGAACUACUUCGGUUGCAUGGGAUUGUUUGGUCUCCUUACUGAGGAAAGCUGAAGCUAAUCAAUCAUCAUUUCGGAGUUCUGGUGGGGUUCACUUUAUCCUUCCUUUUCUUGCAUCUGAUAGUCAUCGUCCUGGCGUUCUUCGGGUGUUGUCAUGUUUGAUAAUAGAAGAUUCUGCACAGGUGCAUCCUGAAGAGCUCGGAGCUAUGGUUGAAGUUCUAAAGAGUGGAAUGGUCACAAGUGCUUCAGGUUCUCAAUACAAGCUACAAGAUGAUGCAAAAUGUGAUGCUUUUGGAGCAUUAUGGAGGAUUCUAGGAGUGAAUAAUUCUGCUCAGAGGGUUUUUGGUGAAGCAACUGGCUUUUCUCUUUUGCUGACCACUCUUCACCAGUUUCAGAAUGAUGAUGGGCAUGUAAAUGAGUCCUCACUAAUGGUCUAUGUGAAGGUGUUUACAUAUUUGUUGCGAGUCAUGACAGCUGGUGUUUGUGAUAAUGCUGUCAACAGGGUAAAGCUGCAUACGAUUAUAUCUUCCCAAACCUUUUUUGAUCUUCUUUCUGAGUCUGGGUUGAUUUGUGUUGAGUGUGAAAGACUAGUAAUACAGUUGUUGCUGGAGCUUGCUCUUGAAGUAGUACUUCCUCCGUUCUUAUCUUCUGAAGCUGUUGCAACAUCUCAUAUCAGUGAAAAUGGGACUGUUAGUUCCCUUUUAUAUACUCCGUCAGGUUAUUCUCUUCCUGAGAAGGAACGGGUGUAUAAUGCUGGGGCUGUUAGGGUGUUGAUACGAUCGUUACUACUCUUUACUCCAAAGAUGCAGCUUGAAGUACUAAACAUUAUUGAAAAGCUUGCCCGUGCUAGUUCUUUCAACCAGGAAAAUCUUACAUCUGUAGGUUGUGUUGAACUUCUUCUGGAGAUAAUAUGCCCCUUCAUGUCGGGAUCGUCAUCUUUGCUAUCUCAUGCGUUGAAGAUUGUGCAAGUUCUUGGGGCAUACAAGUUGUCAACUUCGGAACUUAGGUUGCUAGUGAGGUACAUUCUGCAAACGAGAUUGGCUAGUGGUGGUCGUUUCCUUGUUGACAUGAUGGAAAAAUUAGUUCUCAUGGAGGACAUGGAUUCGGAAAAUGUUUCUUUAGCACCAUUUGUAGAGAUGGAUAUGAGCAAGCUGGGCCACGCUUCUAUUCAAGUGCCACUAGGGGAAAGAUCUUGGCCUCCUGCUGCUGGUUAUUCUUUUGUAUGUUGGUUUCAGUUUAAAAAUUUCUUAAGAUCACCAUUGAAGGAGACAGAAGCUUCCAGAUCUGGAUCUUCCAGAAAGCAGAAUGGGACUAGUGGUUCGAACUUUCUGCGAUUAUUUUCUGUUGGGGCCUCAGAUACUGGAAACACUUUUUAUGCAGAACUUCGUCUUGAUGAGGAUGGUAUUCUGACUCUUGCCACUAGCAACUCUUCCUCUUUAACAUUCUCUGGUUUAGAAUUGGUGGAAGGUCGAUGGCAUCACCUUGCAGUUGUGCACAGUAAACCAAACGCUUUGGCUGGGCUUUUCCAAGCUAGUUUUGCCCAUGUGUAUCUGAAUGGGAAGCUUAGGCAUACAGGAAAAUUAGGAUAUUCUCCGUCACCUCCAGGAAAAUCUCUUCAUGUAGCGAUUGGCACACCGGCCUCUUGUGGUAGAGUGAGUGCUUUAUCCUGGAAGCUCAGAUCUUGCUAUCUAGUGGAAGAAGUGCUGUCACCAGGUUCCAUCUGUUUCAUGUACAUUCUUGGGAGAGGUUAUAAGGGCCUUUUUCAAGACACGGAUCUCUUGCAGUUUGUUCCAAAUCAAGCUUGUGGUGGAGGAAGUAUGGCAAUUUUAGAUGCUUUAGACACUGAGUUACCUCUUUCUUCCAGCACUCAAAAGCCUGAGACUGUGGGCAAGCUAGGUAGCUCAAAGGCAGAUCGUAGUGGGUUUGUUUGGGAUUCGGAGAAAUUAGCGAGCCUGUCUCUGCAACUAUUGGGUAAGAAGCUGAUAUUUGCAUUUGAUGGUACUAGUACAGAACUACAGCGUGCAGCUGGAACUUCUUCAUUGCUCAAUCUUGUAGAUCCAAUGUCAGCUGCAGCUUCUCCUAUUGGCGGGAUACCACGUUUUGGGCGGCUUCUUGGUGACGUAUAUGUUUGUAAACAGUGUGUGAUUGGUGACACUAUUCGACCAAUUGGUGGAAUGGCAGUCGUGCUUGCCCUUGUUGAAGCUUCUGAAACAAGGGAUAUGUUGCACAUGGCCUUGACAUUACUCGCCAGUGCGCUUCAUCAGAAUCCUCAGAAUGUGAGAGAUAUGCAGAAAUACCGGGGAUACCACUUGCUUGCUCUCUUUAUGCACCGGAGGAUGUCUCUGUUUGACAUGCAAUCACUUGAAAUCUUUUUCCAAAUUGCUGCCUGUGAAGCAUCUUUUUCUGAGCCUAAGAAAGUUGAUAAGACUCGCAAUAGUCUGUCACCAGCUUUAUCCCAUCAGGAGUCCAACUUUGAGGAGCUUAAUUUGGCAAAAUUCCGAGAUGAGUAUUCAUCUGCUGAUUCUCAUGGAGAUAUGGACGACUUUUCUGUGCAAAAAGAUUCAUUCAGUCAAGUUUCAGAGCUUGAAACCUCUGAAAUAUCCUGUGAAACAUCCAAUUGUAUGGUCUUGUCCAACCCUGACAUGGUUGAGCAUGUCUUGUUGGACUGGACGCUCUGGGUAACAGCUCCCAUUCCCAUUCAAAUUGCGCUGUUGGGCUUUCUUGAGCAUCUUGUCUCCAUGCAUUGGUAUAGGAACCAUAAUCUCACAAUUCUCCGAAGGAUCAAUCUUGUUCAACAUCUACUCGUAACUCUUCAAAGGGGUGAUGUUGAAGUGCCAGUGCUGGAGAAGUUGGUCAUCCUACUAGGGGUCAUUUUAGAAGAUGGAUUUCUGCCGUCUGAAUUAGAACACGUGGUUAGGUUCACUAUCAUGACAUUUGAUCCUCCAGAGCUGACCUCACGUCAUCAUAUAACUCGGGAGGCAAUGGGGAAGCAUAUUAUUGUAAGAAAUAUGCUUCUCGAGAUGAUAAUUGACCUACAGGUGACCAUCAAAUCAGAGGAGUUGCUUGAGCAAUGGCACAAAAUUGUUUCAUCGAAAUUGAUAACUUACUUUCUCGAUGAAGCUGUUCAUCCUACAAGCAUGAGAUGGAUUAUGACUCUUCUGGGAGUGUGUCUUACUUCUUCUGCCACAUUCGCGCUCAAAUUUCGUUCAAGUGGGGGAUAUCAAGGUUUGGCAAGGGUGCUUCCCAGUUUCUACGACUCCCCUGAUAUUUACUAUAUUCUGUUUUGUCUGAUAUUUGGCAAGCCCGUGUAUCCUAGAUUGCCAGAAGUUCGAAUGCUUGAUUUCCAUGCCCUUAUGCCUAGUGAUGGAAGCUACACGGAGUUGAAAUUUGUAGAAUUGUUAGAUUCUGUGGUGGCAAUGGCAAAGUCAACAUUUGAUAGGCUCUCUUUGCAGUCCUUGCUAGCCCAGCAAACUGGCAGUCUGUCCCAAGUUGGUGUCGGGUUAGUGGCAGAACUUGUGGAAGGAAAUACGGACAUUGGUGGGGAUCUUCAAGGUGAAGCGCUGAUGCACAAAACUUAUGCUGCUCGCCUUAUGGGUGGAGAGGCUUCCGCACCUGCUGCUGCUACUUCGGUUCUUAGAUUUAUGGUUGACUUAGCAAAGAUGUGUCCUCCUUUCUCUGCUGUCUGUAGAAGAGCUGAAUUUAUGGAGAGCUGUAUUGACCUCUACUUUUCCUGCGUGAGGGCUUCCCAUGCAUUGAAGAUUGCUAAAGAUCUUUCCGUGAACUCGGAUGAAAAAAAUUUAAAUGAUGGUGAUGAUAGCUCUGGCUCUCAGAACUCAUUCUCAAGUUUGCCUCAUGAUCAAGAAGAGUCCUUAAAGACUUCAAUCAGUGUGGGCAGUUUUCCCCAGGGUCAGGUUAGUACAAGUUCUGAAGAUGUUCUUGUUAGUCCAAACAAUAUGGUUGGUCAUGCAGCAGAGACAAAUAUCGCUAGACCCCAGAAGGAAUCGGAGAAAGCUGUGCAAGAAGAUGCACAAUCCAUUCCCAUCUCGGAUGCUGAGCGGGGUGACCAGGUUUCCACAGCUACUUCUGGCAGUAAUGAAUUCAUUUUUCGUGAUGCUAAAAGCACACACGAGGAAGUUCUCCCGGCAGAGCCUCAAUUUGAAUCUCCCACUGUAUCUGAGAAAUCUAGUUCUAAAUUCUCUUUCACACCUUCUUCCACUCCCAUUGUAGCAUUGACUUCAUGGCUGGGAUCUGUGAGUCAAUCUGAAUCAAAAGGCACUCCCACGGAAUAUUCUGUUUUAACAAAUGAACUUGAACCAUCAUCAGAUUUGAAGGCCAGUUCUCAAGGACAAUCCACGGUGAACACCUUAUUUGCGAUAAGCCCAAAGCUGAUCCUUGAAGUGGAUGAUGCUGGUUAUGGUGGCGGUCCUUGUUCUGCUGGAGCUACUGCUAUCUUGGAUUUUGUUGCAGAAGUUCUAUCUGAUUUUGUGACAGAGCAAAUAAAAUCUGCACCCCUCAUUGAGGCAAUAUUGGAAAGUGUUCCUCUAUAUGUUGAUGCUGAAUCGGUUUUAGUUUUCCAGGGAUUGUGCUUGGGUAGAUUGAUGAACUUUAUUGAAAGACGGCUUGUACGUGAUGAUGAGGAAAAUGAGAAAAAGUUGGAUAAAAACCGCUGGUCGUUGAACUUAGAUACAUUAUGUUGGAUGAUUGUGGAUCGUGUGUAUAUGGGGGCUUUCCCCCGGCCUGCUGAUGUUUUAAGGACUCUUGAAUUCUUGUUAUCAAUGUUACAAUUGGCCAACAAGGAUGGUCGGAUUGAAGAGGCAACUCCAACUGGGAAAGGCAUUUUAUCAAUUGGAAGAGGAAGUCGGCAGCUUGAUGCCUACGUCCAUGCAAUAUUGAAGAAUAUGAAUCGGAUGAUCUUAUACUGCUUCCUUCCCUCAUUCUUGAUCAGUUUGGGAGAAGAUGAACUAAUCUCAAGCCUAGGUUUGCAAAUCGAACAAAAAAGAUUGUCCCCUAGCAAUUCGCCAGAAGAUAGAGCCGCUGAUAUUUGUACAGUUUUACAGUUGCUAGUUGCUCAUCGACGGAUAAUAUUUUGCCCGAGCAAUCUUGAUACUGAUCUGAACUGUUGCCUCUGUGUAAAUUUAAUAUCCCUUCUCCGUGACAACAGACAAAAUGUACAAAGCAUUGCUGUUGAUAUUCUUAAGUACCUUUUGGUGCAUCGCCGGGCUGCAUUUGAGGACUUGCUUGUCUCUAAACCUAAUCAAGGCCUUCACUUGGACGUUUUGCGGGGAGGGUUUGACAAGAUUUUGACUGGAAACUUAUCUGCAUUUUAUGAGUGGCUUGGUGCUUCUGAACAGGUUGUAAAUAAAGUUUUGGAGCAAUGUGCCAUGAUUAUGUGGGUACAAUAUAUUACUGGUUCGUCAAAGUUUCCUGGUGUGAGAAUAAAGGGUAUGGAUGGUCGUCGUAAAAGAGAAAUGGGGCGAAAAUCUAAGGACAACUCAAAAUUAGAUCAAAGACACUGGGAUCAGGUGAAUGAACGAAGAAUUGCCUUAGAAUUGGUCAGAGAUGCAAUGGCUACAGAGUUGAGAGUUGUCCGCCAAGAUAAAUAUGGAUGGGUGCUCCAUGCUGAAAGUGAGUGGCAGACACAUAUCCAGCAACUUGUGCAUGAACGAGGAAUCUUCCCUGUGUCCAAAUCCUCAACGAGUGGGGAGCCUGAGUGGCAACUUUGCCCCAUCGAAGGUCCAUAUAGGAUGCGCAAAAAGCUGGAAAAGAGCAAACCAAAGGUUGAUACCAUUCAAAACGUGUUGCAUGGACAAUUUGAGUUGGGAGACUUAGACCUGUCCAAGGAGAGAGCUGAAAAUGAACUUAAUGUCUCUGAUGACUCAGAUUUAUUUUUCAAUCUUAUAAAUGGAAAUGCAAAACAGGACUCUUUUGAUGGUGAGCUGUAUGAUGAAUCGACUCUUAAAGGAUCUGAUGCAAUAAAAGACGGGGAUUCUAGUAGAGCUGGAUGGAAUGAUGAUCGGGAUAGCAGUAUAUGUGAAACAAGUGUUUACUCUGCUGCUGAAUUUGGUGUGAAGUCUAGUGCUGUCUCAAUCCCGAGAACCGAGAGUGUUCAUGGGAAAUCAGAUCUGGGGUCUCCAAGGCAUUCUUCUUCAGUGAGGAUUGAUGAAGUGAGAGUUUUGGAGGAAAAAUCAGAUAAGGAGUUGAAUGAUAAUGGUGAAUACUUGAUUAGGCCCUAUCUGGAACCUCAUGAAAAGAUAAAACACAAAUAUAAUUGUGAAAGAGUAGUUGGUCUUGAUAAACAUGAUGGCAUAUUUCUUAUCGGAGAGCUGUCAUUAUAUGUUAUUGAGAACUUCUAUGUUGAUGAUUCUGGGUGCAUAUACGAGAAAGAAAGUGAAGAUGAUCUUUCAGUAAUUGACCAGGCAUUGGGUGUGAAGAAAGAUUUUUCUCUUAGUAUGGAUUCUUAUUCCAAAUCAACUUCCUCCUGGAGUGCAACAGUAAAGGCCCAUGUUGGUGGAAGGGCUUGGGCAUAUAAUGGGGGUGCUUGGGGAAAGGAAAAGGUGUACUCUAGUGGUAAUGUGCCUCAUCUCUGGCGGAUGUGGAAGCUAAAUAGUGUACAUGAGAUUUUAAAGCGUGAUUAUCAACUCAGACCAGUUGCAGUUGAAAUAUUUAGCAUGGACGGUUGCAAUGACCUUCUUGUCUUCCACAAAAAGGAGAGAGAAGAAGUUUUUAAGAAUUUGAUUGCCAUGAAUUUGCCAAGAAACAGCAUGUUGGACACCACAAUCUCUGGAUCAACAAAACCGGAGAGCAAUGAAGGCAGCCGCCUUUUUAAGGUUAUGGCAAAAUCGUUUUCCAAGAGGUGGCAAAAUGGAGAAAUCAGCAACUUUCAGUAUCUAAUGCAUCUAAACACCUUGGCUGGCCGUGGAUACAGUGAUCUAACCCAGUACCCAGUCUUUCCCUGGGUUUUGGCAGAUUAUGAGAGUGAGGAUCUGGACUUGUCAGAUCCCAAAGCAUUUCGUAGGCUUGACAGACCUAUGGGGUGCCAGACACUAGAAGGAGAAGAGGAAUUUCGGAAAAGAUAUGAGAGCUGGGAUGAUCCAGAAGUUCCGAAGUUUCAUUAUGGUUCACAUUAUUCAAGUGCUGGAAUUGUUCUCUUUUACCUCAUACGCUUGCCACCAUUCAGUACUGAGAACCAGAAGCUACAGGGUGGACAGUUUGAUCAUGCUGAUCGCCUAUUUAAUAGUAUUAGGGAUACAUGGUUAAGUGCAGCAGGAAAGGGCAACACGUCUGAUGUUAAGGAAUUGAUUCCAGAAUUUUUCUAUAUGCCUGAAUUUCUGGAAAAUAGGUUCAACCUUGACUUGGGCGAGAAACAAUCGGGAGAAAAGGUUAACCAUGUCAUAUUACCUCCUUGGGCAAAAGGCAGUUUUAGAGAGUUCAUCCGGAAGCAUAGGGAAGCAUUGGAGUCUGACUAUGUUUCAGAGAAUCUGCAUCAUUGGAUUGACCUUAUCUUCGGGCAUAAGCAGAGAGGGAAGGCUGCGGAAGAAGCGGUGAAUGUCUUCUACCACUACACAUAUGAAGGCAGUGUUGAUAUUGACUCUGUGACAGACCCUGCAAUGAAAGCCUCAAUUUUAGCACAGAUCAAUCACUUUGGACAAACACCUAAACAGCUCUUCCUCAAGCCCCAUCCUAAAAGGCGGUCAGACCGAAAACUGCCUCCUCAUCCCCUCAAACACUCUCUGCAUCUUGUUCCACAUGAGAUUCGUAAGAAUUCAUCCCCUGUGUCUCAGAUAGUAACUUUGAAUGAUAAGAUUCUUGUGGCGGGAGCAAAUAAUUUACUGAAGCCGAGAACAUAUGCCAAAUAUGUUGCAUGGGGAUUCCCGGAUCGUAGUUUGAGGUUUAUUUCCUAUGAUCAAGAUAGGCUUCUCUCUACUCAUGAAAAUCUACAUGGAGGCAGCCAGAUACAGUGUGCCAGUGCUAGCCACGAUGGUCAGAUUCUGGUUACUGGUGCAGACGAUGGGCUAAUUUGUGUCUGGAGAAUUGCCAAAGAUGGACCUCGUGCUGUCAGACGGCUGCAAUUGGAGCAGUCACUUUGUGCCCACACAGCCAAAAUAACAUGCCUCCACGUUAGUCAGCCUCACAUGAUGAUUGUUAGCGGAUCAGAUGAUUGCAGUGUCAUAAUAUGGGAUCUCAGCUCUUUGGGUUUUGUUAGGCAGCUUCCAGAGUUCUCUUCUCCUGUAUCAGCCAUAUACGUGAAUGAUAUGACUGGGGAAAUUGCUACUGCAGCUGGUGUCACACUUGCUAUCUGGAGUAUCAAUGGCGACUGCCUGGCAGUUGUCAAUACAUCACAGCUUCCAUCUGAUUACAUAUUAUCACUCACCGGUUGUACCUUCUCUGAUUGGCUGGAUACUAACUGGUAUGUCUCUGGUCACCAAAGUGGGGCAGUGAAGAUCUGGAAAAUGAUUCACUGCUCUGAGGAGGUUUCCCAAACCAAAAUGAUUGGAAAUCCGACCGGGGGUCUAGCUCUCGGGGAUAAAAUGCCUGAAUACAAGUUGGUCCUGCACAAAGUAUUGAAGUUUCACAAAAAUCCUGUCACUGCCCUCCACCUAACGAGUGACCUGAAACAGUUGUUGAGUGGGGACUUUGGUGGGAAUUUGAUUUCAUGGACGUUGCCCGAUGAAAGUGUGAAGUUUGCUGCUAAUCAGGGGUGA